AUGGCGUCUAAUGAAAUUGAAAGCCAGGGGGUUUUGAGAACAAUCAAAGAUCUAACUGCAGGCGCUGCUGGGGGUAUUGCGCAGGUUCUUCUCGGCCAACCAUUUGAUAUUGUCAAGGUCCGCCUCCAAACAACGACACAGUACUCAAGUGCCUUGGAUUGCUCGACAAAAAUUUUAAAGAAUGAAGGUCCAUUGGCUUUUUAUAAGGGAACGUUGACACCAUUGAUUGGUAUUGGUGCUUGUGUCAGCGUCCAAUUCGGAGCUUUCCACGAAGCACGGCGACGCUUCGAAGAGCUUAACGCAAAGAAGAACCCCCUAAACACAUCCCUGUCUUAUCCACAAUAUUACCUUGCCGGAGCUUUUGCUGGAAUUACCAAUUCUGUGAUAUCUGGGCCUAUAGAGCAUGUCCGUAUCCGGUUACAGACCCAGCCCCAUGGCGCCCAGCGGAUAUAUAACGGACCACUAGAUUGCAUCCGCAAACUGUCUUCCCAUGAAGGAGUCCUCAAGGGGCUUUAUAGGGGAGAACUCGUCACCAUCUUGCGAGAAGCCCAAGCGUACGGUGUUUGGUUCCUCAGUUUCGAAUACCUCAUGAACUGGGAGGCGAAGCGCAAUAAUAUUAAACGAGAAGAGAUUUCCGCCGUUAAAAUCGCAACGUAUGGAGGACUGGCUGGCGAAGCUCUCUGGUUGGGAAGUUAUCCUCUCGAUGUGGUUAAGAGUAAAAUGCAGAGUGAUGGGUUUGGGGCUCAACAAAAAUUUUCUGGGAUGACUGAUUGUUUUAAGAAAACCUUUGCGGCGGAGGGGCUGGGUGGUUUCUGGAAAGGAAUCGGACCAACAUUGUUGAGGGCGAUGCCAGUUUCAGCAGGGACGUUCGCAGUGUGA